CGCCGUCUCCCUCUCCAUCUCCCUCUCUUUCGAUCUUCCGAUCUCAACCCUCUCUCUCGAUCUCCCUCUCCCUCUCCCUUCCUCCCCCUCGAUCUCCCUCUCUUUCGAUCUCCCUCUCCCGAUCUCAACCCUCUCGCUCGAUCUCCCUCUCACUCUCCCUCCCUCUCUCGAUCUCCCUCUCGUUCUGUGUAACAGGUGUGGAUCAGGGCCAGCUGUUUACAUCGGUAGAUAGGGUGAACAGCUUCUAGCACAAGUGGUGAAUGCGCCAGCUGCUGCAGAUCAGGGCCAAGCUGCUACUCCAGCAGUGGUCGCAGUGGUCAUUGCUCUAGUCCUUGCGCUAAUCUGCUUGCAGCCGCUAGGGCGGAGAAUCGUGGCCUUUUAUCAUCGUUGUUGUUAAUGGGGACCGGAAUCUGACACAGAGGCAGCGGACACUACUCGAAGAGUUCGUGAAAGAGGAGCAUCAGGGAGGAUAUGCUAAGGACACUACCGUUGCUGGGGUAUCCCGGAUUUUGGUUGAGCAUGCUAUGCAGGAAAUGGGGCACGCUCUAGUAGUACUAGUACCAAGGUGAUAGCGUUUUGCUGAUUGUUGCCCUCUGUUUUCACUCUGUAUUUGAGGGCAUUGGAAUUGGAGUUGCAGGUUGUGGAGACGGCGGACGCUUUACAGGAGGCUGGAUGUUUCGCAGUCAUUCUGGAAUGUGUGCCUGCACCUGUAGCUGCAGCUGCAACCUCAGGAAGGCAUUGGAGCUGGCCCUUUCUGCAGCGGCCAGCCUAGUCAAGGUCAAGCAGGCACAACGAAAAUGUUACCCAUCUGUUGCAACUAGAGGUGGUGCAGUGAUACGGCCAAUCAACUGGAGAUAUAUGAAACAAGGGAUCACCGUUUGGUUAGAUGUGCCUCUCAAAGCUUUGGUAAGGCGGAUUGCUGCUGUAGGGACUGAUUCUUGUCCUCUUUUGCACCAAGAAUCUGGCGAUGCUUACACAAAGGCUGAGAAAGAGGCCUUUGAGGAAGCAAAGAAAGUGAGACGGGCUCAAGAAGAAGAGGCAACUUAA